AUGAAGGACAUGGGAUUCGGGAGAAAAUGGCUGAAAUGGAUACUGUUCUGCAUUAGCUCUGUCAGGUUUUCUAUUUUGAUUAAUGGCUCACCUGAAGGUUUCUUUCCCUCGCAGAGAGGUCUUAGGCAAGGUGACCCUCUCUCCACCUUUUUGUUUAUCUUGGUCAUGGAAGGUCUAAAUUGUAUGAUAAAAAGGGCAAAGGCAAAUGGUUGGAUUAAGGGGUUCAAGGGAUCCAACAAACCUGAUUGUGUGAUGGAUAUUUUCCAUUUGCUAUACGCAGAUGACUCUUUGAUUUUGCAUGACGCUGAGGUCGAUCAACUGAGGCACAUCAUACUGAUCUUAACUAUGUUUGAAGCAACUUCUGGGCUCCAUGUCAAUUGGACGAAAAGUCAGCUCUUCCCCAUUAAUGUGGUGCCUCAUAUUCACAUAUUAGCUGGAACUCUGGCUUGUGAAAUUGGCAGCCUUCCAACUACCUACCCGGGCCUCUCAGAUUGCGAGGACACUUUGGUAUGGAAGGGGUCAAGCACCAGAUAUUUCUCGAUGAAAUCUGCUUACAAAAGCCUAAUGGGCAAUGCUCAUUCUGAUAGGAGUUGGCCUUGGAAACAAAUUUGGAAGGGAAGCAGAAGACAACUCCCACUAGUUUCUUCACUGUGUUGUUACCUCUCAAUUGUGGAACAUGCUUCUAAGUAUUUUCAGAAUGAACUGGGUCAUGCCAAAAGAUUCAUCCGACCUCUUGAGAUACUGGGCUGGUGGGACUGGUGGAGUCAGACAGAAGAAAUGGUGGCAGAAGAUCCCAGCAAGCAUUUGGUGGACAGUCUGAAAGGAGAGGAACUCCAGAUGUUUUGA